GUUUACCUAGCGAUGUGAAUGCAUGCAUUUGGGAUGCAAGCAUGUAACGCACAUCAGAAAUGAGAACUGACUUUUUCUCCAGUGUUUUUCUUGUAGUUCUCGUUUUGUUUUUUCUCGUCCACUACCUGUCAAAUUCGCAAAAUGUCAUCCAUAUUCGCCAGAAUCACCCCUCAACAGUGAAAAUUUGCUCAAAAGUUGUUAAAAAUCUCUGCUGGUUCGAUUAAAAAUGGAAACUGGUCCAGACAGUAAAGCACAAAAGGUUAAUUACUAUAUCAUCAAUUAUAAAACCUUUGUGAACGUCGUCAAGUACAAGCUCGAUCAUAUGCGGAAGCGUAUGGAAACCGAGGAACGUGAUGCCACUAGUCGUGUAAGUUUCAAGUGUCCUUCCUGCGAUAAGACUUUUACCGAUCUGGAGGCAGACCAGUUGUUCUAUUUUGCAUCUGGCGAAUUCCGCCGUACAUAUUGUGGCAGUGCUGUGGAGGAAGACAGUUCAGCACUACCGAAAAAAGAUUCACGCGUACUGUUGGCCAAGUUCAACGAGCAAUUACAGCCGCUGUACGAUCUGUUAAGACAAGUUGAAAAUAUCAAGCUUGCUCCGGAAAUUCUCGAGCCUGUACCGGUUGAUAUUGACACUAUUAGAGGUAUUGCCAAACCAACCAACAGGAUUUCAAAUGAGCAAUGGUCCGGCGAAGCAACGCGAACCAGUUGAUUCGCUGUGAAAGAAACCCGUGUCGAUGUUACCAUUGGUGAUUCAGAUGCAGUGGAAACCACAACACAUAGGAAAGAUCGUCCGGUGUGUAUGACGGAAUCAACUGUUAUUACGAACGAUGUGGAUGAAAAUUCAGUCGAGUCAAUUUUAGAGAAGGCUGCAUUCACCUCCACACAACCCCCCGUGGUCACUAACAGCACUAGUGUUAUUUCUUCCGCACGGAACCGUAAAGAUGCCGACGAUAUUAUGUCGGUAUUGCAAUAGCACGAGAAGCAAAGCUCUCACAAUGCAACGAAUGAUGCCAUCAAGGGGCUAGGUAUCAACAACGCGCCAAGUAGUGAUAGUAGUGACUAUGAGAAGGAUAUUGACAAUACAGAGAUUCCCCCCUAGUUCUUGA